AUGGAAGCAGCUGUUUCGGUCGUCUUCCAAGAUGUAUUAACGUGUGGUGUGUGUCAGAAAGACUUUGUUUUGUCGGACAUUGUGAAAUUUAUCCAGCAUAAAGUUCAUAGUUGCAAUAAAGAAAAUUGUCGAUAUUAUGGUAAUGGUAAUUUUGAUGAAGUCGGGAAGAGUGAUGAUGAAGAUGAUGAUGGUGAUACUAACAUCUUUCAAUCAAAGCAACGCAGAACAUCAGUUUCUUUAAGUAAACAUAGCAAUGGGUUGUCCAUACUAACGAAUAUCGAAACAAAGCCUGAUGGUUCCGGGUCGUCCUUAGACUCUCUCAAAGUCUCAAAUUUUGCAGUCACAGCUGGAAUUGAACGAGCGAAGAAUGUUUUGUUAACUUGCCCAAAAGAUCAGAGGAAGGGAAGAAGUCCAGAAGAGCUAUUGUCGUCGGUAGAGGGCGCUCACAAACAGAGGCAUGUCGUGGAUGCUAACACUAAUACAAUCUCCACAGAACCGAACAACCACGUGUGUUCAACGUGCAAGCAGUGCUUCACUUCAGCGUGGCUGCUGGUCCAACACGUGCAGAAGAUGCAUGGCUUGAAAAUCUAUGUAGAGAUGAACAACGGAGCAAAGGCCUUAGCAGAAGUUCCGAGAACAGUGUCAGCAUCAUUCUCCCCAAUAAUUACAUCUUCUCCGCCUGCUAUCAUCACCGUUAGUCGAGAACAGUCUAUUCUUCAUCCCAUUUGCUUGGAUUAUACGCGAGUUCCAAACCUACAACUACCCCAAAUGGCCCUGGAUGAAGGACAGUUUGACCCUACUCUUAACACAUCCAGCUACUUUCCGCGUAGUGCUGCUAGUCAUUGUUCUCGGAUGGACCUCUUAAGUGGCCAGUACCACCGACUAAAUUAUUUCACAGGAAUCGGUCUCAGUCCGUUUAACAUGCUCAAUCCUUUUGAUAAAAAUUGCUUUGGUAGCCCACGAGAAACUCACGUAGGCUUAGGAUUUGAAUCACAUCUGGAUUUUUGCUCUCAGAGGCUGCGGCAAUUAGCAGGGGCAAGUUUUAAUCCAUACCCUGCACGAAACAUGACUUCACCAUAUCUCCAAUCUAUAACACCCAAUCAUUCUUCUCCUCACCCCUUUACGCCCUCGAGCAUGCCUCAGCCUGUAUCUACACUGCUCCUGUCUAAAUCAUUCUCUCCUUCUCCAAACCAUAAAGUUAUCCAUCAAGUAGAAUUACCCAAAUUCAAAUCUUGUGAGUUCUGUGGGAAAUCCUUUAGGUUUCAAAGUAACCUGACCGUACAUCGUCGAUCUCACACAGGAGAAAAGCCAUUCAAGUGCCAUAUCUGUAACCAUGCUUGUACUCAAGCUAGUAAAUUAAAGAGACACAUGAAAACGCAUCGAAAAAUUCUCUCAGACUUAGCAGAACCUAACAGACAGUGGCCAGGAAAGUCUACUCCAGAUUCGACUGCUAAAGAUGGUGGACCUAAUAGUUUUGGAGAAGAUGAAGAUGACCCAGAAGAGCACGUGGAAAACGAGAAUGAACCGGAAGAUGAGGAAGAAAUGGAAGAGGGUUGCGAAAAGACAACAGCAGAAGACUUGACAACAAAGGGUUCCUUAAAGGAUUCUUUAUAUUUCUGUUUUAGAAAGAAAAAUGGUGAGAAAAAUUCUGACACCGAAAAACCUAUGAUGAUGCCUCAAAAACAAACUCUUCUUGGAGAAGUUAUGGAGAAAAUUGGACUUGAUGACAUUCAGCAAUAUAAUGAAGCCUAUAGGCAAGCUCUGGAGGAAAACAGAAUAGAAAAGUCUCUGUUUAAGAAAGAGAGAUCAUCCUAUGCUUCUAUAGUAAGGUCCCCUUCAAGGAAGGCUAUUGCUCUACCUGAAAACGGACUGGGCCGACUAUCCCGUGAAGAAGACAAUAAUGCUAUUAGCCAACAGCCACUUUGCUUACAUCAAGGUGUUUCAAGUGCUUUUAGUAGCCGAUUCGAGGAUCACAAGCGGCUAAAGCUCGACCUUGGAAAUCAAAAGGGAGAGAAUCCUUAUGCUGGACUUUGGCUUCCUUCUGUAAUCUCCAAUCAUAGUGAUUAUUUUCUCGGGGGUGUAACCUCUUCAAAAUGCGAUCAUAGUAAAUGUGAUUUGAUUGGGACGACAUUAAAUCUUCCAGGAACUAGUACCCCAACCUCCACCUUUCCUCCCAAACCUAAAGAGAAAAGUAGAAAUGACACGUGCCAGUACUGUGGAAAAGUAUUCAAAAAUUGUAGCAACUUGACAGUCCACACACGUUCUCACACUGGAGAAAAACCGUACAAGUGUGAACUGUGUACUUACGCAUGCGCACAGAGCUCCAAACUGACCCGGCAUAUGAAGACCCACGGUCGUAUAGGCAAAGCAGUGUGGAGAUGUCGUUUUUGCGAAAUGCCCUUUUCAGUACCCAGUACUCUCGAAAAGCAUAUGAGGAAAUGUGUUGUCAACCAGAACUCUUACCUACCUGACAGAGACACUGGUGCUAAGGACAACAGUACCUCACGAAUAUUAGUAGACAAGUGA